AUGCAACAAGGAGUCGAAGAUGUAAACUACGUUUACCAAGGUGGCAAUAGCAGAAAGUUCAACAAUUACCGCCCCAACCUAGGAGGAGGCAAUUACAACCACUAUGGGAACAAGGUGCAUCCCAACUUGUCCUACGGGAACCCAAAUAAUGCCUUGCAACCACCACCCAGAUUCCAGGUAUCAGAUGGCCAAAUCAUAGAACCGAAGAAGGAUGAGCUGAAAGAUGUGUUGAUGGCUUUUAUGAAACAAACGGGAGAGUGCAUGAAAGACUCCAACAAAAGGCUAGUGCAGGUUGAAGCUAAUGUGAAUGCCUUGAAUAUUCACAUGAAGAGCAUCGAUAACCAGAUGAGCCAGGUUUCACAGGCUGUGGGUAUUCAGCAUCAACCAGGCCAAUUUCCUUCACAAACGGUUGUAAAUCCUAAAGACUGUAAGGAUUGCAAAGCCAUUAAUCUGAGAAGUGGAAAGAGCUAUGAAGGCCCAACCAUGCCUGCAGAGAAGGAGAAAAUCUCUCAAGAGGAGAUAGUGGUAGAAGAGGUGGUGGAAGAAGAAGAACCAGUGGAAGAGGUGCCGCCUCCCAAGGCAAGUACCGUGAUACCUGCACCCCCUGCUGAGGUUAAGAUCCCAUUUCCACAGUGCGUGCAGAAGAAGAAACUAGAUGAUCACUUCUCUAGGUUUCUUGACAUAUUUAGAAAAGUGAACAUCAACAUCCCGUUGGUAGAGGCGUUACAGCAAAUGCCUACAUAUGCAAAGUUUCUAAAAGAUGCGCUCUCCAAGAAGAAGAAGUGGACUAACUAUGAGACGGUGAACAUAUCUGAAAACUGUAGUGCCAUAAUUCAGAAAAAGCUACCGGCCAAGCUUAAAGAUCCUGGGAGUUUCAACAUCUCAUGCGUCAUUGGAAAUGACAGACAGACAAAGGCACUUUGUGAUCUGGGGGCGAGUAUAAAUUUGAUGCGAUUAUCGUUUUUCAGAAAGAUGAAGAUCGGCACUCUCAAGCCGACAACAAUCACGCUACAGAUGGCAGAUAGAACCGUCACCUAUCCCAAAGGAAUUGUUGAGGACGUUCUUGUGAUGGUACAUGACUUCAUAUUCCCCGUUGAUUUUGUAGUGUUGGAUAUGGAAGAAGACGUGAAUGUACCGCUUAUCCUGGGGCGCCCAUUCCUUGCAACGGGAAAAGCAUUGAUAGAUGUAGCAAAGGGAGAACUCACUCUUCAUAUGGGCAACAAACGUCACAUCCUAUCUAUCUACAAUGCUAUGAAGAGUCGUGAGGAAGAAAAAACUUGUUAUGAAGAAGGAGUGCAAAGUUGUGCACGUUGUAGAGGUCCAAAAGGCACAAGAAAUUGA